UGCUCUACCAGAAGUUAAACACUCAUAACUUGCACACUGCUGUAGCCUGCAGGAACCCAUCUCUUGGAACAUAACGCUUCAACGCAGAUGUGGUACUCAGCUCCGCUGGUUCACUCAAAAGUAUAGGAUGUCAGUGAGGCAGUAAUACACGUGUGUGUACAUUAUCAUAGCUGUAGGUAGAGCUGCAGUAUCAUUUUUAGCAGAAAGGUUUUGAAUAUAGUGCCUUCAGUUGGUUGAUUUGCUGUAGCUGCUUCGUGAAGGCUCCUGAAAGCGAGACUCUCGCUCCUCUGAACUUGUUUGAGCUGCAGGGGGUUCGCCGUCGGCUGUUAUUCCAGCGUAAGGUUUGCAGUUUGACUCCGCUCACAAGGGAAGCAGCAUGUCGCGCUCAGACGAGGUCAACAAGAUGACUGAAAACAUCUACAAGGGGAUCCUGGACCAAUUCAACCCCAGUUUGAAGAGUUUUGUCACAUCAGGGAAGCUCUAUGAAAAAGCCUUGACAGGAGUUAUGGUGGCAGCCAAGGGGUACUUUAAUGCUAUGGUAAAACUGGGAGAACUGGCCAGUGACAGCCAGGGGGCCAAAGAGUUAGGUGACACCUUGUUUCAAAUGGCUGAAAUACACAGGCAGAUUCAAGUGGAACUGGAGGACACGUUAAAGCGGUUCCAUUCUGAACUCCUCUCUCAGCUGGAGCACAAACUGGAGCUGGACAACAAAUACCUGACAGCCACUCUGAAGAACUACCAGAGCGAACGCAGGGCCAGGACGGACUCCAUCGAGCACUGCCAGUCUCAGCUUAAGAAGCUGCGACGGAAGUGCCAGGCCAGCCGCCACCCCAACAAGUACAGUGACCGGGAGAUGCAGCUUGUGGAGCUGAUGAGCCAACACCAGGGGGAGCUGGACGGUCUGGUGGCGGUGGGGUUCCGCACGGCCCUGACCGAGGAGAGGAGGCGGUACAGCUUCCUGGUGGACCGCCACUGCACGUCCACCAAGAUCUUCAUCAGCUACCACGGCAAGGUGAGGGAGCUGUUGUCCCAGAAGUUGUCCUCAUGGCAGCAGUCGUGCUCGCAGCCCACGCGGCUCCCAGACCGUGCUCUCCAUCUGUUCCGGCACAUGGCCCCUCAGGCCACUGGGGCUGCUGGGAUAGCGGAACUCCUCCGUCAGGCCAAGCUGGGAACAGCGCAGCCAUUGGAGCAGAGGCUGUCGGUCCAGGAAGUCCAGCCCCUGCUUAAUGGCGACCCCAACCCCCGUACGCAACGUGCCCCGCCUUCCUCCCGGAGCGAAACUCCCCCUGCCCAGAACGACGCGGGCGCCCAGACCUCCCGCUCCCUUUACGCGCAGGCUAACCUCACGCCCCAGCACACGCCACGCCACACCUGCACCAGCAGCACCCGGGUCAACACUUCCACCACAUCAAGCCCCUUCCAAACCGCCUCGCUUACCCCUGGCAGCACCGCCUCUGGCGUCUCUCAUAGUCAUACGGCACCUGUGUCUGCCACCGUGUCAGCUAGCCAGAGUUCCACAGGUUCAUCCUCCUCUCUGCAAGGUUCAUCUGCGUCCCAGAAUACCCCUCACAGCCCUCGUCUGUCCCAAGGCGAGUCUCUCUCCAGGGCUCAAACACCAGUGGCCCACCAGGAAGGUCUCAGCAGCUCUCCGCCUUCCCACAAUCCCAUGCUGAUGAAAGCGGCCGAGCUCUACGCUACCUCCACCUUGCCGCUGCCCCGGAGGCCCAUCAGUGAGGCGAGGCUGGGGCUUCUGGGAGGAACUCUGCCCAGAGUGCUGCCUGUCGCCCCUCCUACCCGGGUGGAGGCCCUCUUUCCGCACAUCCCUGGCGGGGGUGAGCUGGGUGGGGGCGGGCACGGGGGUACCUGCCUCCUCCACUUCCUUCCCGGGGACACCCUCGCACUCCUCAUCUCCGAGCCUCGAGACGGGUGGCACUACGGGCAGAACGAGAGAACGGGGAGGAGAGGCUGGUUCCCUUUCUCCUACACUCAGCCCUGCCCGGCGUCUGCAGGCCAGCACGACAGCAGCUCUCCCUUGCUCUCCAAAGUGAACAGUGCCAGCACUGGGUACCUGGACAAGCUUGGAUUUCCCCGAAUGCGCCAGCUCAGUGCAGAGACGGGGGAGGACCGCUCCACCUCUCCUCUCCGCCGCAGCCGUUUCCACUCCCGCCCCUACAGCGUGGCCACGCCUGACACUGCCCAGCCCUUCGCAGAUUCUUCUUUUCCUCCACCCUCCCCCACCAGGACAAAUCCAUUUGCCCAUGUUCACCUCAGAAAGGCAGUGACCAAUGACCGGUCUGCUCCCGUCAUCCAAUAGGAGCGCUGCCAUAGUAAGCAUGACUGAUGAA